UACAUACACUACAUCUCAUUGUGUACAUGUUUGAGUCGUGGAACGACUGAAGACAGGCAAACGCAGCUCGUGGAGUGUCUCUAGUCAUAUGGAGUUGUUACUCUGACUCUUGUUUUGCAUUAGGCUACUUGGUCUUCAGGGUGUGGAUUUUUGGAGGAGACAGACUAAUGACUGCUGUCUAUGGGACGGUGAAUUGAACACAUUGCUGUGACUCUGUCUUGCAUCACUUUGUCUUCGGGGCGUGAAGUUUUGGAGGAGACUGGUGACUGCUCAUGGAAUAGUGAACACAUUGGGAUGGUAGACACAUUGCUGUGACUCUUUUCUUGCAUGACUUGGUCUACUGCUGUGAAUUGAAUACAUUGCUGUGACUGACUGCUGCGUAUGGGGAUGGUGAACUGAACACAUUGCUGUGACCAUGGCUGCUGCUGCUGCUGCUGCUGAAGACUUGCUGGCUCAUCUGUGUGGAUGUGGGUCAUAAUACAAGGUCGAGAUGGAGGACAGGCCCCGAUCGGCACCACGGGAUAGUAUGAACGGAAUAACGAGCGAUGUGGAGUCCAAUCUUCAGCCCUCCCACACGCCCACACUGCAGAACAGCAGAGCUCCUAUCCAGAGCAAUGGUAAGGAGGUGUGGGCUGUGUCCAGCUCUUCUGUCUUCAGUCCCAAGUUUGACCUGUCGCACUGCAGAGACCAGCUGGACAAACAGGGCUUCCAGGUCCCGCCGCAGGACUUUGAAGCUCCUCUCCAAAUUGCCCUCGGGCGUCGGUCUGUUCGGCGAUACCUUUUCUUCAACUCCAACAUCUUCAACUUCAUCCUGGCCCCGGUGAUCUACUUGGUGCUGUGGUGUGCUGUGUACUCUACGGUGCACGUCUACCUGGUCACCCCGGUGACUGACUUCUGGGUCAUGUGUCUGUGUGUCAGCCUCAUCUCCGUGCUGCUCAGCGCCACCAUCCUGCUCACGCUGCACCACAGCAGCAAAGAGAUCAGCGCCAACACGGACGCCCGGCUGAUCCUGGUGAAUGAGAGGCUGAGUAGGCAUCGUCUCCUCAUAGGAGUGGCAGACUGGGUCACACACUGCACUGGCACCAUGAAGCUCUUCUGCUUGUACUGGGACCUGUCUCCGUGUGUGGAGGCCCUGGCUGAGCACCUGGAGGAGGAGGAUGCUGGUCUGGGCUGGGAGGACCUGAAGAAGCAAAUGAAAAAGAGGAUGUCUCAUGUGACCUUAGUGACAGAGGUCACGACCUAUGACCCAGAUGACACACCGUUUGGCCGUGACGGCGACGAGCGUGACGAGGAGCGGCCCUUGCUGGGGGAUAACGAGGACAGAGACGGCAGUACCACCUCCAGCCAGAGGGAGGAGACAAAGCUCACCAAAAACAUCAGCCUCGUACCAGAUCUCAGCAAACCCCCUCAGGACAUAGCCAGACAGCUCCUGCUGACGUACAGCUCCUCCUACGUGAAGCUGCUGAUCUCUGAUAGGCUGCCCCGAGCCCCGAGGGGACGGGCGGCGGAGGAGGGCCAAUCGCACUGCAAAAGGGACGUCUUGUGUCUGUGUCAGUACGUCAGGCAGAAGGUCCUACAAUGAAUGAUGCGUCCAUAAUGUGAAGAUUGAUUGGGCACAUCCCAGGAAAAGGUGCAGGACAGGACAAAGGCAGACCGCAGCUUCGGAGUGAG